GCCCGGGCCCGCGACGCCGCCCGCUGAGCGCCGGGCCGAGCUCACGCAGCCGCGGUCGGGCGGCUCCGCGGCGGCGGCGGGCGCGGGCGGCCUGGCCGGGGCCGGUUAAAGGGACGAGUUGCAAACACUUCAGGAAGUGACAAGUCGAUUUCCUCCUCCCCGGGAGCCGCUCGGUACAAAGCGCUCGGCGCCGGCAGGAGAGCGUGCGCGCGGCGGGCAGCCGGGACGACUUGGCAAGAGCCGGCGGUGACCGCGCGGGGCCCUCGCCCGGAGCGCCCCGCCACGCACAGGAGUCGACCACACUGGGCCAUUUCCCAGAAGGGCCCCACCCCAGGGUGAGUGGCUGAUGGGGAGCUGUUUCUGCUGACAUCAGUCACCUAGGAGGUGCCCAGGCAUCGCCUCUGCCCAAGUCUUCCCGAUUGAAGAUGGCUCAUUCCCACCCUGGGACAGAGCCCAGUGCCUGAGGUCCCUACCAUGGUGAUGGUCCUGAGUAAAAGCCUCAGUAACCAGGGAGCUGACUCCAUAGCAUGCAGGAACUUCAAGCCUGAACUGCACACGCCAAAGAAGAUGAGUCAAGGACCUACACUAUUCUCUUGUGGAAUUAUGGAAAAUGACAGAUGGCGAGACCUGGACAGGAAGUGCCCUCUUCAGAUUGACCAACCUAGCGCCAGCAUCUGGGAAUGCCUGCCUGAAAAGUGUCAGGAUGGCUCACUGUGGCACCGGGAUGCGGUGACUGCCUGCGCCGUGACUAGCCUGAUCAAAGACCUCAGCAUCAGUGACCACAACGGGAACCCCUCAGCACCCCCCAGCAAGCGCCAGUGCCGCUCACUGUCCUUCUCUGAUGAGAUGUCCAGCUGCCGGACAUCAUGGAGGCCCUUGGGCUCCAAAGUCUGGACUCCUGUGGAGAAGAGACGCUGCUACAGCGGGGGCAGUGUCCAGCGCUACUCCAACGGCGUCGGCACCAUGCAGAGGAGCUCCAGCUUCAGCCUCCCCUCCCGGGCCAGCGUGCUCUCCUCGCCCUGUGACCAGGCAGCAUUCCACCACCGAUUUGGAGGGCAGCUCUGCCAAGGGGUGCCAGGCUCAGCCCCCUGUGGGCAGGUGGGCGACACUUGGAGCCCCGACCCACACCCUGUGGGAGGGGGCCGGCUGGACCUGCAGCGGUCCCUUUCCUGCUCGCACGACCAGUUUUCCUUUGCAGAGUACUGCCCACCCUCAGCCAACAGCACACCUGCCUCAACGCCAGAGCUGGCGAGACGCUCCAGCGGGCUUGCCCGAAGCCGCUCCCAGCCAUGUGUCCUUAACGACAAGAAGGUUGGCGUUAAACGGCGGCGCCCUGAAGAAGUACAGGAGCAGAGGCCUUCCCUAGACCUUGCCAAGAUGGCACAGAACUGCCAGACCUUCAGCAGCCUCAGCUGCCUGAGUGCGGGGACGGAGGACUGCAGCCCCCAGAGCCCCUUCGCCCUCCAUGCCAGCAGCACCAGGGCCUGGACCACCUUGCUCUCGGCCUCUGGCCCAGGGGGCAGGACCCCUGCCGGGACCCCCGUCCCCGAGCCUCCUCCCCACUCCUUCGAUGACCAGCUUACCUGCCAGGAGGACCUGUCCUGUGAGGAGUCAGACGGCUGCGCCCUGGACGAGGAUUGCAGCAGGAGAGGGGAGCUGGCCACAGCCUGGCGGGACCAUGGGGCCGCCGGGAACAGCCUCUGCUCCCUGGAUGGAGAGCUGGACAUUGAACAGAUAGAGAACAACUGAGGGCGGUGGGCCCCGCUCAGGGUUGGGGGUGCGUCGAAAUCGAUGGGCCUCGGUGGCAUUGGAAGGGGGAGCCCAACUCCUGGGCCUGAUGAAAGUUUUCCUGAGAGGUGCUGGGUCCCGGAGAGGGAGCCUGCCCACCUCCCAGGAAGAGGCUGUCUGGCCACGGUGUCCUGGCUCUGCCAAUGCUAGCCUGACAUGCCGUGCAGUGGGGUGUGUCAGCCUCUCCCCAGCUACCCAAGCAUGGUGGCCACCAGGUCCACAGAGCCACUGCAGCCCAGAGAGCAGCUCUUCAGUUUGGGUCUCUCUGCCGCCUUUCUUGUAGGAUGUCAGGCAGUCUGUGUCAUUUCCCCAGCAGAGCUGGGCGCCUGUCUGCAUCCCCUGGGCAAGGUUGGCAAGAGGGCCUGGGCUCGGGGCAGGGCCAGGGGCCAUCUGGAUGUCGGGCCCGUCUUGGCCUCGCUCAGGUUCAGUGCUGGGGAGUUGGCCCCGCAGCUUCUUUCACUCAGUUUUAUUCCGUGCCUUCUCUCCCAGGCCUCCCUGCUUCAGGCUUGGGAAGGUUCCGGAGAUGCUUCCUUCUGUAGUGACACCAGAACCAUUUGGCCUUAAUUCCAAGUGUGGGAGGCGGAGAUUCUGGGGUGCUGGAGCGGCCCUCCAGCGGGUAAGUCCGUGUUUGAACUCUUGGGGCCCAGGGAGCGACGUGGGGGUGCUUGUUAGAGGCUGUCCACACUGGGUAGGAAUUUCGUGAAUCCGCUGGCUGAACAGAUACUCACUUGCCUCUCCUGUGGCAUGGAGAGCCUGACCCGAGGCUCUGCCACAUUGGGGGCUGCCUUGGCAGGGCUGGCAGAUGGCAGCCCUUCUCCGUGGCUAGCCAGUCACUAAGGGAUCAGUUUGGUUGAUCGAGGUGAGUGUAGAGAUUUCACAAUAAAAGGGCGACCUCUUGAAAACUUCCUCAGGCAAUAAGAGCUAUGAACAGGGGCCCAGGAUGGGGGGCCUGAGCCCCCUGCAAUAUUCCAAGCACAUUCUCAUUUGUUUGGGGGCUGCUAGCUUUAAGGCACACCAUCCACCUCAAGACGGGCCCACACCCAUGUCAGCUGAGGGCCUCCCAGCGCUAAAUGCUGCCUCGAUGCCGUGGGCCCAGCCGUGGGCAGAGCUCUCUCCGCACCCACGCCCUCCCUGGCUCCUCGCAGCUGGUGUGGUCCCCAGCAUCAUGAGGGGCCCCCACCCCCGAGGGUUUGCUCUGGGGCAGCUCCCCUCCGGCCUGCCUUGCAGACGUGCCUGCCACAUGGGCUCUGCUCUCUGGGAAUCUGGCUUUUAGCAAACUUGGCAUCUUCUGCAGACAAUAGCAACUGGGCUGGCUUGUGAGUGAGUGGCGCAUUUUCCCAUACGGCUAAAAAUAACUAGUGCGUUCUCUUGAGUUUGCUGACACGUGAUAAAGGCACUUUUGUAGUCACUUUGCUUUUGCUCGUCUUCUGUGGACGAGUGAAUGCCUCACUUCUGCAAGUUGAGUCCAAAUGGUUCUCACCUUUUUCCUAAAGAAAGACCCUGUUUGGGAAACUUUGUUUAAACCUUCACUUUUUACUACAUCAAAAGGGUGGUGGCUCAAGGUCUGGUAUGUGGGUGGCGUUUCUUAAAAAUCAGCCAUAAGAUGCUUGCAGAAAGCCCCCACCCCAGUGGCCCAGGUUGCAGAGCCUGGACGUGCCAGGCACUGGGCAGGUGCCAGAGCAGGUGACCAGUUCACCUGGGUUUGCUGUAGCUCCUGCCAGAGGCACAGCCACCUGGGACCCUGGAGAGCCAAAGCAGGGAGCUGGCGGCUCCGGGUAACAAAGAGAUCUCGCCUGAUCCCUGCCGGUUGGUCCUGUGGACCGUGUCUUCUUAGAGCCAAUCUGGGGGAAGCGGGGACAGUUGGGUGAAUGUGGGGAGCACAGGCCAGUGUCUCGUGUCCUCAGAAAGCCUGGGAUGGGGGGUCCUGGCACCUGGAGUGGCCAUGCUGUGGCAGGGAGGAGGGCAGUGCUAGCCCAGGUCAGGGGUGCGGCAGCCCCCAGGUGCCUUUGCUCAGGACCAGGGGGGCACUCAUGGUGGCCAGUGUGAUCAUAGGGCUGUAGUAUGACCUACCCUCAGACCCUGUCUGCCACCUCCCCCUCAGGCCUGGUGGCAGGGAAGGACAAGCAGUGCAGUUGGCCAAGUCAUGGCCUCACCCUCCCCACGUCACACCAACCAGCAAGCCCAGCGCAGGCACUUGCAGGCAGAGGUGAUCCAGCCCGCGGCAGGCUUUGGCCCUUCCCAGCCUCCUCAGGCGCCUCCUGGCCGUUCCUGCCUCCACCGCGGCUCCUGGCCCGAGCCCAGGCCCACAAGCAGCAGCAGUUAGGGGAGAAAACAGCAGGUGUCCCUUCUGCUUAGAGGAAGAAUGGCCUUCAGUUGGUCUCGUGUUUGUCUUUUGACUGGAGAGAGCAGACCCCAUCUAGAAGGUGCCACCCCCAUCACCUGAGCAGCCGCGCUGCCCACAGAGGCCCGUUCCCGCACUCCACUCUGCCGGCCCCGGGACUUUUGGUCUUGGAGCUCUUGGAGGGAGGCUCACCCAGGGGACAGCCCCCACAUGGUUGUCCCCAUGGGGCAGUGGAUGGUGGGCAGGCUCUCCCCACAGGUGGCCCCAGCUGAUGGCAGCUGCAGGAGCCUCACUUUUUUCACAGCCCUGGCCGUGAAUCCUGCCUCUGAGGGGAAACUAAGGAAGGGCAGGGCCAGGCCGCCCGCCUGCCCAGGGCCCUGAAGGACGAGAGUGGGCUGUGGCUCCAGGACAGCUGGUUGGGAGGAGGGGCACACUGCCACACGGCGUCCCCACUCGCUCCAAAGCCACUCAACUACCAGGACCCGCUGUGUGCCUGUGUGGGAUCCGGCGGGGCCGGGCUGCAGCCUCACCGUUUACAUUACCGCAAACCCUCUUGCCUUACACGCGGUAGAGGCCGGAGCGGCCCAAGGCCCCCGGCAGACACCCAUCCAGGCCCACAGGGAGCUCGUUCUGACCAGACUUCCAGAUUUUCAUUCUCAGAAAGCCUUACUUUUCAAAAAAAGUUUUUGUAGCAGGAAAGUUUUAUGAAUUUGUACACUGAAAGAAAAUUUAAAUAAAAGUCCACAUUAAAAACAAACCCCAAUUUCCCAAUGGGGCUCCUAGUGCGGGGGGUGUGGGACCGGCCAUGCCCUGGCUGUGCCGUCUGAGCAAGCUUCCCCUGCGAGCGAGACACUCCCUGGAUCCCGUGCCGUGGGCAGCCGCGCCCCCGUUUCCACUGCGGAGGGUACAGUCACGUGUGCUCUGUGGCCACAGGGGUGGUCACCUGAACGAUGACCGCGGUAGACACUAGCCGCCUGGGACAGGGCAGCCCGGCCAAGGGUAGCUGGUGCGGUCCAGGCACUCUGGCCCCCAUCCAGGCAAUGAUGCCACACCUUGCCACGUCCACGCUGUUGGUCAAACCCCUCCCACUGGCGCCAGUUUGAGAAAACCAUGCCUCUUUAAAGAGAGAAGAGAAAAUGUUUUUUUUAAAAAAUUGCAGACCGAAGUGGAGAUCUUGUAGCCUAGGUAGGAUAGUUUGACCUUCUAGCAUAGUCUCUUUGGCAAAUGAUUUGUGUUUUCAGUGCGUGGAGGAGAUGUCCGGGGGACAAGGGUGACAGAUGGCACACAGGCUAUUUCUAGGGUUGUAGUGAGCUUUCCCAAACCAGAUGUUGGUGUUGCAGAGCUUCAGGAAGUGUGGCGACCAGAGGUGCAGUGUUCGGCCAGGCCCUGGCCCGGGGGCAAAGUGGUCUGCAUGCUGAGAGCCUGGGCCUCUGCCUGCCCCCUGCCCCCCCCACACCGCAGCCUGUCCUCCCUGCACAGGCCACGACUUGCACUAGAGCCGCUCUAGUCUCUCAGGAAUUUGCUUGUUACUUUUACUGUGUAAAUAAAGCUUCCUGGUUCGA